CACUUGAACAUGUUUCCUGAUUCUCAGACAAAGAGGGAAAUCUAUGAUGCAAUUUGGGAUUAAUGGAGGAGAAUAAGGGAUUAUUGAACCGAUGACUGAAUGAAUAAAAGGAUGGAAUGACCCAGCGGUGGCUGUUCAUUUAUUUAGAUCCUCACCUUUGCCUACCUGCCUUUGGAAGCUUUCGAUGCUUCACCUGUGAUCGUGACCUGCAUGUGGUUGUGGAUGCAGGAGGCUGGAAUUACAUUGUGCUGCAGCGCGGCUCAGCUCAACCUUCAAGUGACAAAGAGAGCUCAGAGCAGAGCCGCUGCAUCGUCAUGAGAAAUGCAACCAGGUGACGUGUCCAGCAUAUGAUCGGGAAUGCCUCCAAGUUGACCGGAGAUCCCCAGGUACACCCAGAAUUCCGAACAUGCGUAGUUCAUCUUGGACAUUUUAACGUGGGAGUCUACGGGGACGGACUCACUGCUGGAGCCUCUGCUGGGCGUUAGAGGAACUGCAGGUGUUGUUGCUUUGGUUUAAUACACUAUAUGGACACAGAAUGAAUCUUUGAGUUCAGGUGUGUUCAGGUGUGAUCUGUAAAAUCCGGCUCCUGCCUUUACAAACAUCGAUGAAAGAAAGGCUCGUUCUGAAGAGCUCACUAAAACCUGCUGUGGUGCUGCAACUGGAUGUGAUGUCUGCAACAAUGGGAUUUCUUGGAGUUUCUUCCCUCCUGGAUAUUCCUGAUCAGCCACAUAGUGUCAGACCAGGUGACGUCACAGAGCCGACUCGAUAACUGGAGAGCUCCAAACCUCCUCUGGUAUUAACACCAACACAAAGACUGCACGCUGGGAGCUUCAUGGCCGAGCAGCUCCUGUGGGUGUGAGUAUUUCAGUCCCAGAGGUUAUCGCCUGACCUAAACCCAGUACAGCGACAGUGCUGGUUUCUAUAAGUUUUCUCUUUUUAUAAUGAGACUUUCAUAAAAGAUGCCUGAGUGGCACCAGUGGACUCAUCGCCUAUGCCAGUGCCACUUUGAGACCUUCAAACUGGUAAAUUGAGAAAUGCGCCGUGGAUGGCGAGGUCAUCUGAGUUGUCAGUGGACACAGCUUGCUGAUACUGAACUAUGCAGACACAAUGGGCCCUGCUGGCCACCCGGGCCAAAAAAGCCUUGGCUGGACAGAUUCUCCUCAUGCCGAUGUUAUUACUGUUGGAGGUCCGUGAUGGCGGUUAGCCGGCCGAGCCCGACAACAAAAGGUGGUUUUAUCCUAUUAGCUGAGCGUUAACGUGUCUAAUUCCUCUCGAGCUGUUCAGUCUGUCUCUGUGGAAGAGGCACGAAGAGAAAUGCGAGAGAAUCCCGAGAUUCAGUUCAGCCCAGGAGUCCAAGACACACACAGCAGACCCAUGUAUGUGGGUACGACAGAACAAGGCUGAACCCUCAAAGCGUUGUCCUCUGCCAGCUCCGCUGUGAGCCAGCACUCUCAGCCUGGGAGGCAGGCUGAAAUGAAACCUGCAGAGGCAUGUCAGAAAUGUUAAUUCUGGUUGACCAGCCAUAAAUAACAUUGUCAGAGGAAUUAGAGUUUGUUCCUGUUCUGUGGGUUUUACUGACUGCCUGCACUGUCGCUGCUGCAGCAAAGGUUUCUCCAGCUGUUUAAAUUCAUGCUUUGACUAUUGUCCUGGUGGUACACGGGGUAGAUCGCACUCAGAAGGAAAAACUUUAUUAAUCCCUGCAGGAGAUUUCCUAUCGUAACAGCUGCUCGGGACUGUGGAAGUUGUAAAAUUAUACAACUGCAGCAAAAAGCUGAGGAAACUGGAUGGCCUCAGGAACCAAAGGACACGCUGUGAGGGACCGCACGCAGAUGAUCUCGAUCCAGAUUCGAUCCAAGCCAAGUUCUGAUGUUUUAUCAGCAACAGAUUCAUAAAAUAUCUGCAGACGUACUCUGAAGGAACGUCUUCAGGAGAAGGAGGCGACUCUGGCCCUCUCUGCAGAGACAGCAGCAGAGUUUCCUGUCCACGUAGGACCCCAGGCAUCCAGGAUGACCCGCUCAGAUGAGGACAGGGAAAUCGGCUGGGAUGCCUGGGGCGCCUGGAGCGACUGCUCUCGAACCUGCGGGGGAGGAGCCUCCUACUCGCUACGACGCUGCCUCAAUGGAGGAAGCUGUGAAGGAAAAAAUAUCCGCUACAGAACCUGCAGUAACACGGACUGCCCUGCAGAGUCGGGGGAUUUCCGGGCCCAGCAGUGUUCAGCUCACAAUGACAUCAAGUACCAGGGCGUCACGUACGAGUGGGUCCCAGCGCCGUACGACCCCACCGCCCCCUGCGCUCUGCGCUGCCAGGCUAAAGGCCGAGGCCUCACUGUGGAACUGGCCCCGAAGGUGCUGGACGGGACCCGGUGCCGGGCGGACGCCUUUGACAUGUGCAUCAGCGGAGUGUGUCAGGAGGUGGGCUGCGAUCGGCAGCUGGCCAGCGGUGCCAGGGAGGAUAACUGCGGCGUCUGCGGCGGCGACGGCUCCACGUGCCGUCUGGUGCGAGGACAGGCCCUACCCCACCUGACCCCCGAACAGUCUCUGAAGACGGUGCUGGAGGUCCCGAUGGGAAGUCGCUUUCUCAGACUCAACGCCAAAGGCCCCGAUAUGAUCGUUAUUGAAGCCGUGUCUCUUCAGGGAAGGAAGGAGGAGACCGGUCUGCAGUCGACGGGCUCCUACGUGAUAGGAAACACCUCCUUGGACUUUCAGAGGGGGAACGACCGGCAGACACUCAGGACGCACGGCCCACUCGGCGCUGAUUACAUCAUCAAGAUAAAGUACGGAGGCUCCAAAGACACCGUUGUCCAGUUUCUGUUCUACAAACCAAUUCGAUACCAGUGGAGAGAGACUGACUUCUUCCCCUGCUCGGUCACAUGCGGAGGAGGCUACCAGCUGAACUCUGCCGAGUGCACAGACAUCCGGUCCAACCAGACGCUGCCCGAGCACCACUGUAACAGCUACCCUGAAAACACCAAACCCACUCCGAAGCUCAAAGAGUGCAACAUGGACCCCUGCCCGGAGAGUGAUGGAUUCAAAGCAGUGAUGCCUCAUGACCGCUUCCAGCCUCUGCCUCGCUGGGAGCAGGGCCCCUGGACCCAGUGCUCAGUGUCCUGUGGUGAAAAUGGGGGCUGGCAGGAUCGCAGUGUGCUGUGUGUGGAGGAGGACACCCACGGGCAGUUCUCCCAGGUGGACGAGUGGAAGUGCACGCACUCCCCGCGACCUGUUGCCCGACAGAUCUGCAACACAUUCGCCUGCCCCCAGUGGGUGGCCAUGGAGUGGUCACAGUGCACGGUGACGUGUGGCCGAGGGCUGCGCUACCGAGUGGUUCUGUGCAUCGACCACCGCGGGCAGCACGUCGGAGGCUGCCAACCGUCACUCAAGCCUCACGUGAAGGAGGACUGCCUGGUCCCCGUGGCCUGCCACAAGCCCAGAGAGUCCCUGCCAGUGGAGGCGAAGCUUCCCUGGUCAAAACAAGCCCACGAACUGGAGGAACACUACACCGCUACAGAAAACCCCACAUUCAUACCCAGGCCCUGGUCCCCUUGCAGUACCACCUGCGGCCCUGGCAGGCAAACUCGGGAGGUGAAAUGUCAGGUGCUGCUCACUUUCACCAAGACGGAGGUGGACCUUCCAGAGGAGGAGUGUGGCGGGGACAGGCCCCAGCUGGAGAGGCCCUGCAACCACGGGCCGUGUACCAGAGCCACCGCAGUCCGAGACCACGGUGCUCCUUUGUUCCAGGCUGACGACCUGCACAGCUGGGACUUCAGAGGCUUCACUGCCUGCUCGGCCACGUGUGCUGCCGGGAAGCAGACAGCAGUGGUGAGGUGUGUGAACAGGAAGCAAGGUGAGGAGGUGGACGACGCUCUGUGCGAUCCAUCCAGCAGGCCGUCGGUAAUGAUCCGCAUCUGUAACCCUGAGCCGUGCCCCCCGAGGUGGGAGGUGACGGCGUGGACGGGCUGCUCUGCGUCCUGCGGUGUCGGCAUACAGACCAGGAGUGUGUUUUGCAUGCGUCUUUUGUCCGUCGACCAGCAAGAUAUUCAGACUAUUUCAGAGGACGCGUGCACGGAUUUCCGACCUGCCAUCCUGCAGCCCUGCAACCAGGUGGACUGUCCUCCAGCCUGGGAGACCGAGCCCUGGCAGCAGUGCUCCCAGACCUGUGGUGAUGGUGUUCAGGUGCGGAAGGUGUACUGUAAGCAGCUCCUGUCCACGGGAGCCUACAGGCGGCUGGGGGACGACGCCUGCCUGGGAACCAAGCCCACUACAAACAGAGGCUGUGGCAAUAUGGACUGUCUGCCCUACACAGCAGGAGGAGAAUGGGGAAAGUGCUCCGUGUCCUGCGGUUUGGGGAUCCAGCGCCGGGAGUUGCUGUGCCUCCAGCUGACGGCGGCGGGGCGUCAGGUGACGGUGGCGAGGGAGCAGUGCUCGGGUUUACCGUCCCCGCCGCUCGUACGAACCUGCCGCAUGAUGGCCUGUCCCAAGCACAAGAAGCAGAUGAGACCCAAAGACUCGCGAAAAGCUGCUGUGAAGAACCAGGUCAAGCAGCCGGUGAGACGCCCUGCAAAGACUAGAGGCUACGAGGAGGGGAUCAAACAGUGUCCCGCUCUCAUUAGCACGCACAACAUCUACAUCCAGACCCGUAAAGAGAGGCGUCUCCACCUGACCGUUGGUGGCCACGCCUAUCUUUUACCCAACACCUCUGUGGUCAUCAAAUGCCCCGUCAGAAGGUUCCCCAAAGCCUACAUCCGCUGGCUCAAAGAUGGCAGCGCCUUACCCAGCUCCCAACGCCUGGGCGUCACCAAGUCCGGCACUCUGAAGAUCCAGUUCCUGGAGCCAGAGGACACCGGGGUGUACAAAUGUGUGGCAGGACCCGCCUCAGACAUUUUCACUCUCCAGCUGAUAGGCGGUGACAGCAGGUCGGCAGGUAGACCGUCUGCUCCCGGUCCCGACUGGGAGGAGAUGCUGCCCAGCUGCUACAGCCACGACUCAGUCCUGAAGACGAUCCGACCUAGGGCCCGGGUUUCUCUGGUGCCCGCUGGUGGACAGGAGGCCUCCCUGCAGCCACGGGUGGAGGAGAGACUGAUCAAUGUCACGCUGCAGGCUGAUAGAGGAGAGAUCCAGCAGGAGCAGGCCUCAGAGCUCAUCUCCUCCCUGCUGACACACAUGUCUCCUGCCCAGCUCUGGACCAGAACCACGAGGAGAGGAGGACAAGCUAAAGACCGACUGCCCAACUGGUCCGAGCACUCUCCACUGGAGACGGUAGCAAAGAGACCAGCGAUCAUCAGACAGCAGCAGAGCGUCCCACCCACCCCUCAGAAGAACAUCAACAUCAGUAUCGGACACAGCGCGCUCCUCACCAACGCCACACGGUCGCUGACCAUCCGGUGCCCUGUGGAGGGAUCCCCACCUCCCAAAAUCAGCUGGAGCAAAGACGGAGCUCUGCUGCAGCACUCUGACAGGGUGUCCUGGGAUCGAGCGGGCCUCCACAUCCUGCAGCUCAGAGCGUCUGACAGAGGCCAGUACAGGUGCACUGCUGCCAACACGCUCGGCUCAGACUCGGAGACUUCCCAGCUGCUGCUGGCAGAGCCUCCGGCCAUCGCGGUGUCUUGGAGAAACGUCUCAGACCACGGGGGGAUGCUGGGCCACAGCUUGACAGCCACUGUCGGAGGACAAAUCAGCAUUCGUCCAGGCGCCAACCUCACUGUGGACUGUCCCGUCAGUGGUGUUCCUCGCCCCACGGUGUUGUGGAACAGGAAGGACGGGCUGUUGGACGCCGGCGCCAUCUCCCUGCCGUCUGGCUCGCUGUGGAUCCGAAAUGUUUCUGUGCGCGACCAGGGCACCUACUCCUGCACCGCCACCAACGCCAUAGGAAAGUCGACCGCCUCCACAGUCCUGAAGGUCCACGAUCCUUAUCCAGCCGGAGGGAGCCGGGUUCUUCCAGUGUCUCAGGAGCUGAGCAGGAGGAGAGUCCUCAUGGCGUCACGGCGCGGCACGAGCGUCUUCAUCAAACCUGGAGUCAUCCUGCGCAUAGGCUGUCCGGUGGUUUCCGACCACAAACUGCCUGUGCGCUGGGAAUACAACAACCGGACCCUGAAGGAGGUUUCGGCUCCGGCUCACUCCCCAGAUCCCGGUCCGGAUCAGGGUCUGCAGCACAGGAUGCUGGUGGGAGGUCGGGUGCUGGAAGUCAGCACGCUCCAGGGGAAGUUCGCGGGCCGCUACAGAUGCCAGACCUUCAUCAACAGCACCAGGCAAAUCCUGUCAGCCUGGAUAUACGUUCACAGUGAAGAGUUCGGCUGGAGAUUCGGGGACUGGACCACUUGCAGUACUUCCUGCGGGAGCAGAGGGACGUGGCUGCGGCGGAUCCGAUGCGUCUCUCUGGACGGAAAGGACGUUCACCCCGACAUGUGUCAGCGCAUACCGAAACCCGUCACGUCCCCGGUCCCCUGCAACAGACAGGCCUGCCCCCCCAGAUGGUCGGUGUCGGAGUGGUCAAAGUGCUCAGCCUCAUGCGGCGCUGGCCAGAAGCAGCGGCGGGUCACGUGUCAGCAGCUCGACGCCGGAGGUGCAGCGAGAACGCUACCCGCGGCCGCCUGCGAGGGGACGAGUCGGCCGGCGGACACGGAGCCGUGCUCCGCCAAUAACUGCCCCGUCUGGGUGACCAGUCCGUGGGGGAAGUGCUCGGGGAGGUGUUUGGGCCCCACCACCACCGUGCAGAAGAGAUCGGUCGUCUGCCAGCACGCCAACGGCUCCUCCUACACAGACUGUGACCUCCGGAGCAGACCGGUGUCCGUGCGCAACUGUUCCUCUGACCUGUGCGAUGUUCAGUGGCGUCCCGGUGCAUGGCGAGCGUGCACCGUGGUCUGUGGGAGUGGCUUCCAGUCCCGCAGGGUGGACUGCGUUCACAGCAAGACCGGCAGGACUCUGGCCGACCAGCACUGCGCCUGGCUCCAGCGACCCUCCACCUGGCAGCACUGCAACACCGCCACCUGUGGGAGUGAAUGUGAGGACACCACCCAGUACUGCAGUGUGGUGAGGAGGCUGAGGCUGUGCCAUGUGGACACGUACAAACAGAGAUGCUGCAGCUCAUGCCUGCGUGGCGUUGACGCCACCUAGUGGCGGUGGAAGGUUUUAACCGCACGCACACACACGCACACACAUGCACACACAGAAGGGUCUACAGGAGGCGGGAGCCUGAGCAAAGACUAAGACGGACAGCCUGUGAGUGGACGCCGACCCCGACGAGCUUCAGCGUGAAUCUUUCACAAACUGAAAGGAAAUCUGACGACAGGACGAGCGGGCUUUAUUUUCUGAUCUGGACCUAAACUGUAACAUGAAGACAAGUGUUCACUAUGUGGAUCAAAUAAAGUUUUGGAUUUUCCUACAGAGAUAGCUAGUUUCCAGUGAGAUUUUAAAAAAGGCGUGUUUUCUUGUCAACGAGAUGCAGAUUGACGGAUCGGUCUGCCAGCAGCACGUGACGCCUCUGCAGCGUCACGCUUUUCUGUCUCUGAUCUCUUUAUUUAUUUGUGCAAUUCUUCAAAAAUGUUUUUAUAAAACGACACAGUUAAAAACAGAAAAAAGGAAGUUCCAGUUUGUUAUAGCUCGGGUCGCUUCUGCUCCCCGACGUUGUUUCUGUGAACGUUAAUGAAGCCGGACGAGUGACACAGACGGUGUCCGAGCGAGAGACGAGGGUCAAAACUGACUCGGCUGCUAAGAAACUGGAGCUGUCCUUUAAUCGGGCCCUGCCGUUACAUCGGUGCGGCGUGUCGCCGUGCUUCAGCUGCUCAUUCCUUCACUGUGGAUCCAGAGUGCAAAGUUUCCCAGGCUUUUCCAUCCCGAUGAGUUCGACUGACACACUGAAUUCUUGUUUUCUUUGAAAAAGAAAUAAACUCUGAACAUUGGAAGCAUUGCCUUUAAAAUCCUGGACUUGUUUCUGGGAUGAGCUUCAGUGUUCAGUGCUGGGUUUGAUUUCUUUACUUAUCUAAGCUGUGGUUCAGUCUUUACUUAUUACAACAUUUUUUUUAAACAAGUCGAUUCAGUCCAACAGAAAUGUCUCCAUAAGUGAGCCGAGAUGUAGGAAAAUAAAGUUAAAUAAGACAUAAUUUAUAUAGACAAAUUAUGAAGCCUUACUGAAAGUAUCUUUUUUAUAAUUUACCAGUAAAAUACUAUAACAAAAUUAAAAAGUAAUGAAAAAAGCUGCUUGGCAGAAACAUGUUGAAAUAGAAUAAAUAUUCACUGAUGUGUCAGCACAAAUAAAACACGACAUGAAAUCCAGACUAUAGAAAGUAAAUAAACAGAUUUUUAAUUCAGUUUUAUUUCUUUUUUAUGGACCCAAAUCACAACAACAGUCUGAAGGUAAAGAGCGUACCACAUUAGAAAGAAACCCAACCUCUGUGAAAAACUCAAGGAGAAAUUCUCUUCACAACAUAGACUGUAUACAAAAGAUGGACGUCACCACCGUGACACCGCCCACUGACUCGUUAACAUGACACGUAGUGAUGUGAGGUUCUGGCUUCUCCGUUAUAAAGUAUCAAUACGAUAAAUAAGUAUCAAAGAUCAAAAUAAAGAUCAAAGUAGUGACGAGGCCACGAACUCAUCAGUGGACUGUGGGCUCAUUUUCACCUAGAUUUAUUUUACAACCAGAAGAUUCUCCCCCUGCUGGCCAACAGAAACAACGCAGGUUUAAGACUUGACUUUUCAGACCGAGAAGCUCGUUCCAUCUUUCAUGUACAGCUUCUGUGUGGGCACAGCUGUGAUAACCCACCACGGCUGUUCUUCUACACUAAAUCGGUAAACAGGGAUGCUUCCUGAACCUCAGAGCCACACAGUCGUCCCGUAUGAGCAGUUUUUUUGGUGAUACCAAGUGUCUGCUGCUGGUGCAGCUUCAGUUUGCCUAAGCACGGAUGUUCUAACCCGCCUCUGAUCCUCAGCUGUGACAAAGCUUUGUAAAAUAAUUUCAGCUCACACUAAGACACCAGCGCCACACUGAUUUCCACGACGGGGUCUGCUCAUGUGACCUUUGUACAGGUUAUCAUACCGACGUGCUGCAUUGUACAGUGUCCUGUAUAUACUGUGUUCUAAGUGCAAUAUCGUACUCUGAGUGUAUGUAGACUGUGCGAGGCCUUUAUUUUCUUACUUCCUGUUGUAUUUUUAACUCCUGUUUAGGAUAUAAAGCACUCGUAUUGUGUACGUUGAUCAGGUGGUGCGUUUGCGGCCCCUCGCCUGGUUUGAUUUGCAUGUGAUGUUUUCUUGCUCCGUUGUGACAGACCACUCAGUAACGUGUUCAGUGUUUCUCUCUGGCUGCUGAUGACUGCACGGUACGGCCAAUCGGAUGUGACGGCAUCGCGCUGCUUGUGGACUUCCAGCUUGGCUGAAAGAACGUGCGACAAAUCAUAAAUAUGCUUCAGGUGACAGUGCAAAGGAAUAAAGACCGUUUGAUCACUUCAUGACUGCCGAGCUGCUUUUUGUUUGCAUUUGAAAAUAAAAACGUUCCCAGAGA